UCUCCACGCGUCUUCAUCAGGUCAUGUCAGGGGGUCUGUUUGCGUUACUAUGAGGAGAGCUGUUAUAUUCAUCCGUAUUCGAGGGUAGUCGUGCCCUUUGGGGUUUUGUAGUCGGGUGUUGUUAAUUAGGCCAUUAAUUGGUCCAACUCUACACAUUUGCUUUUUGCUCUGCGUUCAUUUGACGACGGAAUGGCGGAUUGGAAGAUGCCAGUAAGUUACAACUUCAACCCGUCUUAUCAUGCGUAUGCAUACGGGCUCGUGUACCCGCAAGUGUCUGAGCACGGCCACCCGAAUCUCAGCUGGGCCGAGACCGCGUACACUCACUCCGGCGGGGUCACCGCGACCUAUUACUCCGCGCAAACCGCACAGCAGUCGCCGCCCUGGAGCCCGGAGAACGGCAGUACCAGCGCCUACGGCCACUAUCCGAGCCACGCGCAGAACGGGCGGCUCUUCCUCUCCUACAGUAAGACUGAGACCGAUCCGAAGCCGAAAGACGCAGAGCAGGCCGGCAGCGAUACACCCAGUGAUUCAGAGGCCCAUACGCCAGAUUCCUGGAGCUCGGGCAGCAGUCGUGAGGGUGGUGCUCUGACCAACCUCAAUCUUCAGUCCUGGGGAGAUCGGGACUAUGAGACGGACCGUGGCAGUCCUGACAGUGGAGAGCAGAUCCCAAACUCCAUCUCUGCAGCAAAAGAGGACCCGGUGAGUCUGAAUCUGGGGUUGGAAGCCUUUCCUCCGCUGCCUGCAUUGACCGCAUCUCCAGCCCGACCUCCAACCCAGACCCGCAAGACCCGGGCUGCCUUUUCUGAGGAGCAGAUGAAUGCUCUGAUUCACCGGUUCAAUAUCCAGAGAUACCUCACACCUGCAGAGAUGAAGAUGCUUGCUGGAGCAACGGGUCUAACGUACAAACAGGUGAAAACGUGGUUUCAAAACCGUAGGAUGAAACUCAAGAGGCAUCAAAGAGACAGUAGUUGGAUGACUGAGAGGUAUGUCGUCAAUGCCGUACCCAGCACACCAGCUUCUCACUCUCAGUUUCAGACUGAAACCCCUCGAGCAACCCAAGACCCCUACAGUAACCCUCAGGUGAGAGAGCCUGUGUUCAAGAGGAGUCCUCCACAAACGCCCUUCUACUCCAGCUACCCACAGCCACGCUCUCCUACCCAGGCCACCGCAAGACCCCCGGGAAACUGGCCUGUGCCCCCAGCUGUGACGCACUACGAGUUCCCCAGCCCUACUAGCUACAUGCAAGCCCGUGAUGGCAGCAAUGCGGCCAACAAAGAAGACAGCCCUACUCCAAUGGCAUCCAUGCCUAGUGCCGCCCAGUGGACAACGAAAGGAAUGACUUUGCUGUGAGUCCGGCUGCUUAUGUAUAUUCCCGUUCAGCCCCGCAGCCUGGGCGUUUACUGUAUUUGUAAAUAUUUUUUUACAUUUUUUGCAAAAAACUGUUGGAUAACUUUUAGGCAGUGAUGUCAUGGGUUGCCAGUUGGGGUCAAAUGAGACAAUGAGAUGUUUUUUUUUUUUUCUUGUAAAGUUAGCUUUUUUUUUUAUUUUUAUUUUUAAUCCUCAGCAUGUUUUAAACCGAAAUCUAUUUUUAUAACUUCAUUGUACCUUUCAGAAUAUUUAAUAUCAU